AUGUCCGCGGCGGGGACAGAUGCGACAGGCACGUUGCCGUCCAUCGUGCCGCCUACGUGUAUUGUGACAGACAGCGCGCCCGAAGACACGUACGCUUUGGCCGGUCAAGGCGAGUAUCCACAGACAGAAGAGCAAAGACUUGAAACGCGCAAUGUCGAAGAAUACCUGCGCCGCAUGUCACAGAGGGAAAGGCUCAACCGACGCUCCCGCCUAGAUGCACAAAAUGCCAACGCCUCAACCUCCAAUGGAAGCUCGUCGCUCAUGCGGCGACUCAGCUCCUCUAUUGCCCGUGUCCCAUCCCUGCGCAGUGCUCGUCAUACCCAUCAACCCGGCGCCAAGGCCGGUGCGUACGAGAUGACACAGUCCAACUACGGCGAAUCGCCCCGCCGCGAUACGCCUCAUAUGCCGCAAGGCUACGGUCCCAUCACAGACGAGUCGGAAGAGUCCCAGUUCAUGUCGGUCAACAUACCCGAUGCAACUGAAAGUCGACAGGAACUGAACGAUCACACACCCCUGCAUACGGAUCCAUACGCGUCCACAGGCGACGUAUCGGCCAUAUCCAUGGAGGAUUUGGGCGAGUCACAGCGGCCCUUUGAGUCUGACACCCCUACGAGCCCCCCGGAUCCAUACCAGUAUGCGCCUGGCACAGAGACCGCCCUUGCUCGUCUUCGAUCCCAAAAUUUCCCCUCUGUUACUGUGGGCAAAGCGUCGAAUCGACAAAUGCAGCGCCAGGCCUCCAUGUCGCGGCAAACAUCUUCUUCUGCCGCCCGACAUCACACGAGAUCACCCAUCGAGUCGAUCCCCGAGGGCGAUAUUGACGUCACCAUGGUCCCCUCUCAGAUGUCUGGCAUGCACCCAACAAAAGACGAUCCUUUCCAGACUCCUCCAUAUUCUGGUUCUCUGUCGCGCUCAUCAUGUACUGACUUGCAUGAAUUACCAUUACAAUCCCAGACCUAUCCCUCGGCGGCAUUAAUGACUACUCAUUCUUUUCGCAAUGAGGACACCAAUGCUAUUGACAGGUGGUACUGGUCUGACCUUUUACUGGGCUGUGGACUAUGCAAGACGACAAAUGACGAAGACGAACAAGCAGCACGUACAAAUCCCAUGGAGUAA